AAGAAGAAGAAGACUAAAUUGAAGAAGAAAAAUUCUCAAUUUUUCAAAAUGUCCUAUCAUCGUGCAUUUCUACCAUUGAUCUUACUGAUAUUUGCAAUUUCCAUCGAUCAUGUACGAAAUGAAAAAAUAAAUUGCAGACGUUCGUCAGGAUUGGUUGCUUAUCCAAGAAUCGGAAGAAGUUCCGAAAUGACGGAAUUUCAAAGAACAUCAAGACCUGUUGGUAUCAUCCCAUAUCCAAGACCUGGACGAUCCAAUUUACCAUUGUUUUUCAUUGGUGCUGAUAGAAAACACGAUAUGGGAUCAAACAUUGAUUUAGAAAUCCUUCCAACUCGUGAAUCCGAGAUCGAAUCUACCUACGAAUCUGAUUACGAUGAAUUUCAUCCAGAUUUAGGAGCAUUCGUGAGACAUCUGGAUAAAAUUUAUCCUAAAUUAAAACAACACGAUGAUUUACAAUCCAACAAUCUUGCCUUACGUUCUCAACCGCGUCAAGGACAAAUAACGUGGAGUUUACCGAGAAGUGGAAGAGAUAGUACCGAUCACAAUCCUUCCGCGAAUGUCCUUUGAAUUUGAUCCUGCUGUAGAAGAAUUUCGUGAUUUUUAAUCAAACGAAAAACGAAAAAAAAAAACAAGACGAGGAAAAUAAUCUAUUAAA